AUUAAACAAGCCAUCCCGACCUCGCAGCUUCCAGGUUGUCAUUUGUUUCGCCCAGCGAACGGUUCAAGCAACACUCGGACUCGUUGAAGACAAAUUCACGGCUAACUCUGUUUGUUUCGUGUGAAUUUGGUUUCAAUAUCUCUCGAAUCAAUUUCACAGCCCUCCGCCAAUCUCACCUCAAAGUCAACACAGAUACACAACCAUGGCCACCCGUAGAAUCAUCUCCGAGGAGAAGACCCUGCUCGAGAAAGACGACAGCAUCGGCUCAAGCCCAGCAGCAAACGAGAAGUCCAACAUCACCCCAGCUGUUCCCAUCUCCGUCAUCUUAAAACUACUCGCCUUCACCCUGGGCAUGAUCGUAAUUCCGAUUGGGUCAUACUUCGUCACAGUAAACACAGUCUUCAACGGCAACUCCACCUACGCCGGUGCUCUCGCAGCCAUCAUGGCCAACGCCGUACUCAUAGGGUACAUCUUUGUUGCUAUGGCCGAGGAUCAGUCGGAGCAACAGCAGCAAGGAGGUGCCGGGACGUCAAAAGAGGGGAAGAAGAACCGGUGAACGAGCUCCUUUAUCUCCAUGUAAACUUGUACAAGUUUUCUGUUCCGGUUUGCUGGUUACGGUUCCUGUGAAGCGACCGACAACAUCUUUCUACUGGGGUCUCGGUCUUGACCGCAACACAGAUAUGUAACUAGGUACCUAGGUACAUUGUCUCAUGUUGCACUUGUUGAAAUCACAAGCACAGCACAUGCAGCGCAUCAAGAGGAGGUCAAGGACUGUUCAGAAGCAGACCCCUUCCUCUCUGCAUACCACGUGCCCAUUACUAGUACCUUAGUUACGAUACGGUAAUUAG